AGGUGAUGGAACAGGCAGCUUGAGCUUGUCUGUCACACAGGUGGGAGUGAUGUUGUCGCGGCCUCUUUCGCGUUUGAAAUCAGGAAGUUUAGAACGAGCGCAAUUGAUGUUUGGGUUUGCGUUCUUAUUACCACCCUCCAAAACCGCCCGAGACAAAAAUGCAGCAACCCUAUCAUGUAACCGCUUCCGCACCUGACGACAAGAUCGAUCCUUGGCUGGUGAAGCAGGUUACUGCUGCGACGAAAAAGCCUUUUGCUUUCUUCGAGAAUAACGACGCGCGAAAAUUUCGAGAGGACGAGCAGCCCGUCUACACGCUGCUCGACAAGCCCUUCCCGAGAGACGGGGCAAGCGGAACAAGUACAGUUGGAGCUGCAGAGUUGAAGGGCGGUGGUCCUCGCGAAAAAAUUGCCAAAAAGAACAGUACAAGUGCUACCUCGUCUGUUGUAUCUUCCACUGCAGCUGCAGGAACACGAACAACAGCAAGUGUAAUCCCCGAGGCGAAAUUUGCGUCGUCGAAGAUGGACAGCACGUCUUCAAAGAGCGGCACUGCUGCAGUGAGAGAACCCGUCACCUCGAAUAAAGCGAAGUUUCCUCCGAGGGUUGCGCAGACACCUGCCGCAGGUGCUGGUGCGGGUACGGCCCCAGGAAUGUCAACAGCUUCAUCGGGCAGAAGAAAAUCGUCGGGGGCCGCUGUUUCGGCGACCAUACAACCAGCUGCAGCUGCGCCCUCUGGGUCCUCUUCCUCGAGAUCAAGGACCAGACCACCGGGCGUGCCAUCCCUCACAAGCGGCAUCAAGAACAUCAAUGGGUGUAGUGCUUCUGCGAGUGUGAGUGAAAAACCGAAAGAAAUAACGAACGUGGCCAGCUGCGGCAGCAAAAAUUCUCUCUCGGCCUCGUCUGGUAGUGCGAAGAUGAAUCAGCGUGGUUCACGCACGGCAUCCAGUAAAGGAUCCUCAGCGCCACAUAAGCAGCCAGAUCCCGCUACGACAACCGCGGUUCCGCCUUCCUCGGGCAGGAGUGCAACAGCUGGGAGAAGCUCUAGCAGUGCUGCGACGUCGCACCGAACUAAAGACGCAACAAGAGGCGAGAGCACAAGUGCGGCUUCCGUUGGAAGUGCCUCUGCCACCAGAAGCCGGGCAAGCAAAGGGCCACCGAGCUCCUCGUCUCAGCCAGGGAGUUGUGCAAAAAAACCCGAUGACAGGCAACAAAGCCGUAAUCGGACGGCGAAACUACAAGAGAAGGAGAAUAGUAAAGACGCCAGCGCGGCCAAGAAUCCUAACAUCGAAAAAAGACCACUUUCUCCGCCGCUGCCAGCACCAGCCGACCCCGCCGAGCCCGACGACGGCUCCGACCUGGAUGAGGCGAUUACCAAACUUCGGCUGCAGAACUUUCAAAAGAAGUACAUGCUGUUGCAGCAGAAGCGGGCAGAGGAGUUGAACGAGACCAUCCAGUUAAACGAAAACGUCCGCAGGGCUCAGCAGGAAGCCAGUUUGUUGAAGCAGGAGCGGGUACGGAAAGACAGCGAGAUUUGUCAGCUGCGGCUGCGCCAGGAGAUGGUCGAAGCGAAGGCGAGCAAACACAAGGCCGAAUUGCUGCGGUUAGCCGAGGCGUACGAACGACUGCAGGCGGAAAAGAAGAAAGUUCAGGUAAAGUGGAGUGACUGCGUGAAGUUUUUUGUCAUGAGCGGCCUUAUGAGGUCGCAUGCCGCGGCAUGGCCUCUUCUUUCUUGAACUGAAUCUGCGUCUACCUUCAAUAUUCAAUGAAAAAAGCAUCUACCGUACUUCUUGCCCCCGAACUUAAGAACAUACCCCUCCACCUCCACAGGACUCUCUCCACGAGCUGGAGCAGCGAUCGCAGGAGCGCGACGCGCUGUUGCUUUUCUACCAGGUGCGGGAGCGCGAGUUUACCAGCACCGACGCGGAGAACCUAGAGCUGAAACAACAGAACCAAAGACUGAAGGAGCAAAUUGUGUUUCUCUCCGGUCUGGUGUUGCAGUCGUCGGACAAAGAAAACAAGCAGGCACAGGAGCUGUAUUUCCGAGGUGACGAUUUCAAGUGGCCCGGGGGAAUGCAGGAAGAGGAAGUGUCAGGAGAGCAGAAGGAUGACUGAAGUUGAUGCAGACAUGACGUUCUUUUAGUUUUACUUCUCGGAUCCUCGUGGUGGUCGGUGAGCUACUUUCUCUCCCACCGCGGCUACGCAGCAGCUGUCUUGUUUGUGCUUGGGCCUGAUCUUUAUUUAGCAACCUCGCAGUCGCAUCGAGAUAUUCGCACUCUAGCCUUAGCCCCUUGACCAGCUUAAGGCUACUACCGAUCCAACAUAAUCAUCACCAUCUUCUACUUCUACCUCGUUUUCGCAUUGCUCACUUUGUUGGAUGUCUUGGUUGGAGAUCGAAAGAGCUGGGGUGAGGCCUUACAACUUUUCGACGACCAGAGGAUAAAUUCCACAAGCUCUUCGUGAUGAGUGAUGUGCUCGCAGCUGCCCACUCCCUGUUGUACUCUUUCGUCAUGAACUUCUCGAGUCUAAAACCAAAACUACACUAUCGUGGUUCUUUUUCACAACAUUGAUUGGUUCUUCAAGACUCAACCGUGUUUUUUUGUAUGAUGCUAUCGUGAAGGUACUUUCAUCUAUGAUGUUGAGCACUGCCUAGAGGCAGUUGCCCUCCCAACUCUUAGUACGAACUAUGUAGCUUGUACUAGCUGCUGCGAAUUGAGUGGUCGCAGAUCCACAAGAAACCGCGUUUUGCCGAUUCAAAAUGG